CUGCCGUUUACCUGCUGUUUCCCCUGCUGUUCCCCUGCUGUUUCCCUGCUGUUUCCCUGCUGUUUCCCCUGCUGUUCCCCUGCUGUUUCCCAUUCUGUUUCCUCUGCUGUUUACCUGCUGUUUCCCAUUAUGUUUCCCAUGCUGUUUCCCUGCUGUUUCCCUGCUGUUUCCCCUGCUGUUUCCCUGCUGUUUCCCUGCUGUUUCCCUGCUGUCUCCCCUGAUGUUUCCCCUUCUGUUUCCUCUGCUGUUUCCCCUGCUGUUUACCUGCUGUUUCCUCUGAUGUUUCCCCUGCUGUUUCCCUGCUGUUUCCCUGCUGUUUCCCCUGCUGUCUCCCCUGAUGUUUCCCCUUCUGUUUCCUCUGCUGUUUCCCCUGCUGUUUACCUGCUGUUUCCUCUGCUGUUUCUCUACUGUUUCCCCUUCUGUUUCCUCUGCUGUUUACCUGCUGUUUCCUCUGCUGUUUCCCCUGCUGUUUCCUCUGCUGUUUCCCUGCUAUUUCCUCUGCUGUUUCCCUACUGUUUCCCCUUCUGUUUCCUCUGCUGUUUACCUGCUGUUUCCCUGCUGUUUCCUCUGCUGUUUCCCUGCUGUUUCCCUGCUGUUUCCUCUGCUGUUUCCCUGCUGUUUACCUGCUGUUCCCCUGCUGUUUCCCAUUCUGUUUCCUCUGCUGUUUACCUGCUGUUUCCCAUUCUGUUUCCCAUGCUGUUUCCCUGCUGUUUCCCUGCUGUUUCCCCUGCCGUUUACCUGCUGUUUCCUCUGCUGUUUCCCUGCUGUUUCCCCUGCCGUUUACCUGCUGUUUCCCCUGCUGUUUCCCUGCUGUUUACCUGCUGUUUCCCCUGCUGUUCCCCUGCUGUUUCCCAUUCUGUUUCCUCUGCUGUUUACCUGCUGUUUCCCAUUCUGUUUCCCAUGCUGUUUCCCUGCUGUUUCCCCUGCUGUUUCCCUGCUGUUUCCCCUGCCGUUUCCUCUGCUGUUUCCCUGCUGUUUCCCCUGCCGUUUACCUGCUGUUUCCCCUGCUGUUUCCCUGCUGUUUCCCUGCUGUUUACCUGCUGUUUCCCCUGCUGUUCCCCUGCUGUUUCCCAUUCUGUUUCCUCUGCUGUUUACCUGCUGUUUCCCAUUAUGUUUCCCAUGCUGUUUCCCUGCUGUUUCCCUGCUGUUUCCCUGCUGUUUCCCCGCUGUUUCCCUGCUGUCUCCCCUGAUGUUUCCCCUGAUGUUUCCCCUGCUGUUUCCCCUGCUGUUUACCUGCUGUUUCCUCUGAUGUUUCCCCUGCUGUUUCCCUGCUGUUUCCCCUGCUGUCUCCCCUGAUGCUUCCCCUUCUGUUUCCUCUGCUGUUUCCCCUGCUGUUUACCUGCUGUUUCCCCUGCUGUUUCCCCUGCUGUUUACCUGCUGUUUCCCUGCUGUUUUCCCUGCUGUUUACCUGCUGUUUCCCUGCUGUUUCCCCUGCUGUUUCCCUGCUGUUUCCUCUGCUGUUUCCCUACUGUUUCCUCUGCUGUGUCCUCUGCUGUUUCCCUGCUGUUUCCUCUGCUGUUUCCCUACUGUUUCCCCUUCUGUUUCCUCUGCUUUUUAUCUGCUGUUUCCUCUGCUGUUUCCUCUGCUGUUACCUCUGCUGUUUCCCCUGCUGUUUCCUCUGCUGUUUACCUGCCGUUUCCUCUGCUGUUUCCUCUGCUGUUUCCCUGCUGUUUCCUCUGCUGUUUCUCUACUUUAUCCCCUUCUGUUUCCUCUGCUGUUUCCUCUGCUGUUUCCUCUGCUGUUUCCUCUGCUGUUUCCCCUGCUGUUUCCCUACUGUUUCCCCUUCUGUUUCCUCUGCUGUUUACCUGCUGUUUCCUCUGCUGUUUCCCUGCUGUUUCCUCUGCUGUUUCUCUACUGUUUCCCCUUCUGUUUCCUCUGCUGUUUACCUGCUGUUUCCUCUGCUGUUUCCCCUGCUGUUUCCUCUGCUGUUUCCCUGCUGUUUCCUCUGCUGUUUCCCUACUGUUUCCCCUUCUGUUUCCUCUGCUGUUUACCUGCUGUUUCUUUGCUGUUUCCCUGCUGUUUCCUCUGCUGUUUCCCUACUGUUCCCCCUUCUGUUUCCUCUGCUGUUUCCCUUCUGUUUCCCCGCUGUUUCCCUGCUGUUUCCCUGCUGUUUCCCUACUGUUUCCUCUGCUCUUUCCUCUGCUGUUUCCCAGUUGUUUCCCUGCUGUUUUCCUACUGUUUCCUCUGCUGUUUCCUCUGCUGUUUCCCUGCUGUUUCCCUGCUGUUUCCCUGCUGUUUCCUCUGCUGUUUCCCUGCUGUCCCCCUGCUGUUUCCCUGCUGUUUCCCCUGCUGUUUCCCUGCUGUUUCCCUGCUGUUUCCUCUACUGUUUCCCUGCUGUUUCCCUGCUGUUUUCCCUCUGCUUUACAUUCCAUACUGGAUCGGACAAAUACCAUCCUCACAAUGUUUGACCGCUGUUGUUGUGAUGUUGACCGCUCCACGCCCUCACACAGCCACCCCCAGACUGUACUGUGACUGAAGUCUGCUCUUCAUCCCAACAAAGUACCAGAACAAUACUGUGUGUGUGUGUGUGUGUGUGUGUGUGUGUGUGUGUGUGUGUGUGUGUGUGUGUGUGUGUGUGUGUGUGUGUGUCUGUGUGUGUGUGUGUGUGUGUGUGUGUGUGUGUGUGUGUGUGUGUGAAAGACAGAGAGAGAGAGGAUGAGCAUGUCGGUGCUCCACACCCAGACAGGUUUAAUUCCCAUCCCCCGUAUCCAGUGUCAGAAACCCCACCAACCACAGGAGGCUGCUGAGGGGAGGACGGCUCAUGAUAAACCAUGUUUUUGAUUUGUUCAAUACCAUUCUACUUAUUCUUUCCAGCCAUUACUAUGAGCCAGUCCUCCACAAUUAAGGUGCCACCAACCCAUUUUUUUCACCCCUGACCUCCUGAUUCUCUCUCUCUCUCUCUCUUGCUCUCUCCAUCUCCCCCUUUUCCUCACCAUCUCGACAGGCCAUGCCUCGGCUUGUUUUGUCAGACCCUUGUCGUCCGGUUGGCGCUGGCACAGGUUCCGCCACGUUACGAGGGCCAGGCUGUAGAUGAACGGGCCAGCGUGCACACCACCCACCGAUUCUGCUGACUGAGCCCGUCCCACCAUGAGAUAAUGCCAUUCCACAGAGAUCCGCACUAAAGCCCCUCUUUUCUGCCCCACAGAACACAGACACUAGCGAGCCGAGCUAAAGCCGAGCAGCAAGAAACUGCCUGUAUCGAGUUUGGGCCCGUCGAGCUAAAACCUAAC